UCCAUCCCUGGGCUGUGAAAGAUGAUGUUGGCGCUGCUGGCGGCCGCGUCCUCGGUGUUUUUCGGCACCGGCUGCGCGCUCAGCUCCCAUUUCAGCUCAGAUGGCGCUCCACUGAGCGAGCUGUCCUGGUCGUCCUCCUUGGCUGUGGUGGCCAUCUCCUUCUCGGGCCUCUUCACCUUCGUCUUCCUCAUGCUGGCCUGCCUCUGCUGCAAGAAGGGCAAGCUGGGCUUCAAGGAAUUCAAGAAUGUGGACGGGGAGGAGUACCAUGCAGACAUGUCCACCUUGGCCUCGCCGGCCCCCCAGAGCAGCCCAGACGUCUACAUCCUGCCGCUCACCCAGGUGACCCUGCCGGUCGCUAAGCAACCGGGUCGAUCAGUCCAGCUCCUGAAGUCCUCGGAUCUGAACCGGCACAGUCUCCUGUACCUGAAGGAGAUCGGACAUGGAUGGUUUGGGAAGGUGCUGCUCGGGGAGGUGAACGCCGGCCUGACCUCCACCCAGGUGGUGGUGAAGGAGCUCAGAACCAGCGCCAGCCUGCAGGACCAGAGGCACUUUCUGGAGGAAGCACAACCGUACCGCUCCCUCCAGCACCCGGCCCUGCUGCAGUGUCUGUUCCAGUGCACUGAAGUCGCCCCCUACCUGCUGGUUAUGGAGUUUUGCCCUCUGGGGGAUGUGAAGGGCUACCUGAGGAGCUGCCGGUCCACUGAGAGCCUGACCCCGGAGCCUUUGGUUCUCCAGAGGAUGGCCUGCAACAUCGCUUCUGGCCUCAUGCACCUGCACAAACACAACUUCACACACAGUGACCUGGCUCUGAGGAACUGCUUGUUGACCGCUGACGUCUCUGUGAAGAUUGGAGAUUACGGACUCUCACAAACCAAGUACAAGGACGAUUACUACAUGACGUCGGAUCAGAUGUUGGUGCCCCUCCGGUGGAUCGCUCCGGAGCUGGUGGAUGAAGUGCACGGAAACCUGCUGGUGGCAGACCAGACGCAGCAGAGCAACAUCUGGUCUCUGGGUGUGACCAUCUGGGAGCUUUUCGAAUUGGCAAACCAGCCCUACAGACACUACUCUGACAGACAAGUGCUGACCUACGCUGUGCGGGAUCAGCAGCUGCGCCUGAACAAACCGCUGCUCAAAGUGCCACUGGCCGAGCGCUGGUACGAAGUGAUGCAGUUCUGCUGGCUUCAGCCUGAUCAGAGACCCAAUGCAGAGGAAGUCCACCUCCUGCUCAGCUACCUGUGUGCCAAAGGGGCCAGCGAGGCUGAAGAAGACUUUGAGAGGCGCUGGAACUCAAUGCGUCCCAACACAGGAUUCAACAGCCAGCGAGGUGCCUCGGCAAUGUCGCGAGACCAUCCCCCUUCAACCUGCUCUUCAUUUCCUCUCCUGGAACAGUUUUCCGCCGGUGAUGGCUACCAUUCAGAGUCUGGAGAUGACAUAUUAACAGUCACUGAAACCAGCCACGGCCUGAACUUUGAGUAUAAGUGGGAGCAAGCCAGAGCAGAGCAGUCGUAUAGAGCCUCGGACCCCUCGUCUACCCUGGGUCCACUAAGCCAUCACUGUCAGGAACCCUUUUAUCCACCUGGGGGCAUUGUGGGUGGUUGUCCUCUGGAGAGCCUCAGCCAUGGAGUUUCCCCUUCUUAUUAUCAACCAAAACAUCUGCAUGCCCCAGGUGUGCUUCCCGUCCUCAGUGCUCAUAGCCCCUCUGUAGGCAGUGAAUACUACAUCCGCAUUGAGGAGCCGGUGGACUGUAACAUCGAUCCAGACUUCACCAUGUGCACCUACAGUCCAGACUACCAGGGCAGCAGUGGGAGCUUCCUGACAGGGAGUGCAGACUCGGGUGAGUGCAUGGCCUGCCCAUCACAGGCCAAGAACAUGGGCCCCUAUUGGUCCGCAGACCUCCAUAAAUCUGAUGUGUAUGACUCCAAUGACUCAAGUCCAGCCAUCUCCCUGACCAUGGAACCUCUUUUAGGGCAAGUGUCAGACAGCAGCCCCCUGCGACCCUGGGAGUCGAGUCACUAUGUGUCCUAUAAAGACCGAGAUGGAGGUUACUAUUAUGAGCAGUCGCCACCUUUGGGUUUAGAUCACUAUUUGACUGGAAGUGAGGCAUCCAGUGAACAUCAUCAGGAAAGCUGGGGGUCAAGAAGCUUGCGGCAGGCAUUGGGUGAGUUGGACAACCCACUAGGUAUUUCCCCUUCUGUGAACAGUCCUCCUCAACAGGCCUACCGAGACCCAUACCUGGAGACAAGUCAGGCUUCCAUCAUAGGAAAGAAUGUGACCGGGGGUUACUAUGACAUGAUGGGGUCCCUGAGGAAGACAAUGCCCAGCCACACAAGGCACCACAGCCACUCUGUCAGCAUCAACAUGGAGACCGAGGGGGCUCUCUUCAUUGGACACAGAGAAAGUGAUUCAGAAGAGGACGAGGAGGACAUUUUUAUUGAGAGACACACUUGCAAUACUUGGCCUUCAAAGCACCGCCACAACAGCGUGGGUCACCACAGACGGGCUAGUCACAGCUGCAGACAGGACACUUACGCAGACUUUCACUACACGAUGCCAAGUACGGACAUCGAAGACUCGUGGCCAGAUGAGCACAGCCUGGCUUUUCACUCUCUGCCCAAACCCAUUGACUAUCUUGAGCCACACCAGGCCAAAGAUAACAGUGCCUGCCUCAAUCUGAGUAAACACCAUCCACUGGUGCCCUCGGACAACUGUAAUGCCUACAUAUACCUGUGCCAUGAAGGAGAGAGUCAAGUGCCGACAUCAGGAGAGUGCUGCCACUCACAUUUCGUUGACCCUCUCACUGGUUUGCUUGUCAGAAACAACAGCUAUUGCCACAGCUACAAUCACACCAACUACAUCAGAGAUAAGGUGAUGGACAUCCCAACCAAUGAAGAGAUGAUCAAUUUAUCACCGGCUCCAGGAGGUCCUAUCAUAGCUAAACCAGUCGUAAUGAAGUCUGAGGUCUGUGAAGAACAAUAUGUUGAUCUUAAAACUAACAAUAACCCAUUUAAAGAAAAAAGGGAGGAGAUUAUCAAAGAAAGCCUCAGCAUGCAAAAAUCUACAGAGCCUAGAAAAGAAGAGGUGAUUCUCACAAUGACUAAAAGCACUCCUCCUCCUCCUCCUCCUGCUGACAACAUGCAUGUGAUGGUGCCCAUCACAGAUCCACAGUCAGAGCUCAGUCAGACUGUUGACAGUGGUAUAGAUCGUGGUGGCUCCAGUGUGAGCCUCGCUGACAUCCUGGACUGCAGUGAUGAAGAUGAAGAGGAUGAAAUCACUGACGAUAUCACAGAUGUCACCUCGGGUAUUUUUGCUGACGAGUCCAGCGAACUGAAUGCUUCUCCUGCCUUCAAGUCACUACAGAAGCAGGUAGGAACUCCUGAUUCAAUGGAUUCCAUGGAUCUGCCCUCUACAGUUGGGUCAUGUGAAGGCUUCAGUCCUGCGUCCUCGCACCCCUCCAGCUCACCUAAAGCCAUGGACAGUGGAUAUGAUACAGAGAAUAAUGAGAGUCCCGAAUUCGUUCCCAAAGAGCCUCAUGAAGCACGUGAACAAAGCCUUGGAAAGCCUCCUCUCAAUGCACCGCUGGAGGAGGAGGAGAUGCUUGAGGAGCAUGGAGUGGAGACCGAAGUGGAACCCACAGAUGGCGAUCCAUCUUUGGGUGAAGAUCUGGCCAUGGAAACUUCACAGACAGGCGACCACAUUCUUUUACCUUUGAGCAACAACACUCCCUAUAGAGACUCUGCUUAUUUCUCAGACUAUGAGAAUGAGAGGCAGAGUCGAGAUGAGGGAGAUGACCUAAGAGUAAUAGAAGAAGAAAAUACAGAGAAAGAACAUCGGAUUGAAGAAAAGAAGGUUCAGAAAAGGAAAAAUGAGGAGGAGGGGGGAUUGAAUGAUGUGGUUGUGAACAAAGACAUCAAACUUGAAGAGGUAGUCCCAUCAGCAGAGACAGAGCAGUGCUUUACAGAGGAGAGCUGCCGGGAUGAGGCACUACCUCUGGAUCGAUCUGCCUCAAUAGAGGGAGGUCUGGAUGAAUGGCCAUCCCAGGAAGAAAGUGCUUCCUUGGGAGACUGGGCAGCAGAGGUAGUGGGCGCCAUGGAAGAAGCUCUUGGUGCCCUGAACGGAGAUUGUUCCUCAACAAUUAAGAAAGGAGAGGAGGAAACAGAUGACAUGAAACACUCUGCUCAAGCUUUCGAGACAAAGGAUCAACCUGCUGUUAAGACAAGUCAAAAUAGACCAUUGGCAAUAUCCAGUGAAGUCCCACACACCUUACCCAAAGAUGAGGUGGCCUUGCAGCAAACAGCAAACACCAGAAGGUUUUCUUCUUCCUCACCCCCUCCACCAUCCACUCCUCCGCCUCCGCUGCCUGCGACAGAGGGCCGAGCCUCUCCGGCCGACGGGGAGGAGGCGGAUGAGGAGGACGGCGACACCGACGACAGCGACGAGUCGGACGAAGAGCUGCGGAGCUAUAAUGUGCAGGAGCAGUCCGCCGGAGAGGAGAGCGAGGAUGAAUUCUACCCAGUGCCCAUUGUGGUGAGCGACGACAGCGAGGCCCACAAACUGCGCAGCCUCCUCAAGAUGCCCACCCUCCUCAGCACAGAGAGCCUGGAGGAAGACCUGGAUCGCAAGAGGAAGACAGUGUCCUUCUUUGAUGAUGUCACCGUCUAUCUGUUUGAUCAGGAAAGCCCAACUAAAGAGUUGACUGAGCAUGGCUUCCAAAUAGGAACCGAAGGUCAGAGUUCACGAAGCAAAUCCCAUGAGAGAGUCAAUGCCUCAGAUGACUCGUCCGAUGGAAACAUCUCAGAGGAGAGUGCAGGGUACGAAUGGGAAGACGACUUUCCACUACUCCCUCUGCCAACAUCCUCGGCAACGUCGGACUCCCCUCCGCCGCGCUCCGUCACCAAAGCUCCGGAGCCCAAACCAGCGGUGCAGUUCUCCCGCUUCACGGUCUCCCCCUCCCCCGUAUCCCGAUUCUCCAUCACACACAUCUCUGACUCGGAUAUGGAUUCUGUUGGAGGAAGCAGUGAAGACGGAGACAAAGAGUGAGGAGCCGUGGAUAUUUACUGCCUCUCUACGAAAACAACAACAACAACAACAGAAACUUGGCCUACUCGCAUGACUUCUGAUUUCAUUUUUAACCGUCAGGUUUUAGAAACACAAGACAGUGCCUCUUUACCGCCUGUGGACACUUUGGAAAAAUCCGUCGCACCACAACGUAGGACUGUUCAAAACACUGAAAAGAGAAUGGUUCAUAUAUACCAUUUCCAGAGUAUUAAUAUAGAUAUAUAGAUAUAUAUAGAGAUAUAUAUACUGUAUGUAUAAGGAAUUUAUGAAGCCAGGAGAAACUUGUAUGUUGAAUUCUGCGUAUUUUUCUGGAUCAAAGAGACCAAGACAAAGGACAGGCCUUUGGAAAGCAUCACAUUUUCCACUUCUUUUACCUUUUGGCUUUUAGGACGAGGAGUGUUUAACAGGGCGUGGAGACACCGGGACAGUUUCACAGUUUCUGCCACCGUUUCAGUGGGAAACACUCCACUUUUUGUCCUUUCGGCACUUUGACUGUACAGCUCAACAGACUUUGUACUUUUUAGGAAAUGGUUUUACUUGUCUUAAUGAAUAUCAACCACAAUCCUUGAGGUAUCAUAAGUAAUAUAGAGUUAAUGUCUGGGUGCGUUCAGAGACGGAGGACAUGCUAGUGUGAACACAAAGGGAUUUUAAUGUCUGUCUGGUUACAGAAAGUUUUCCUUUUUCUUUGAGGAAACGGCUGAUCAAACCUUAACAACCUAUUUAUUUAUAGUUUAUUUUUUGUUUGUCAUUGUUGGGUCAUUGUUACACUUCUUUCUCUCUGCCGGCUCCACUUUAACAAUCAACCCGCCUUCGCCAUAACAUCCAACACAGCUGGAAGAGGAGGACGUCUUUCAGAUUUCACCAUUUUUAUUACAACAGCAGGUACAAGCUACACCGUCAAAUAAUAACUAUCUGAGUGAAUCGCUGCAGCGGUCAGAUUAGCAUCAUCUUCAAGCCCGAAGGCGAAGAUAAAGUCUCUCAGACACCGUCUGAAUGAGGAGGAAGAAGACAAUACAUCUGAGCUGUUAAAAUUCGACUUUAUUUUCCUCUGCAGUGAUAAAAAGUGAUGCUAGCUUCGAGGCUAACAGUCCGGAAGCCCCGUCUUCAAGUGAAAACUCGUCAUUUUUGCAUUUGCAAUGCAUUUUUACGCUAUGAAAAUGAUGUCCGUUUACAUGGAAAUGACAGAAACGCUGAAAAAGACGUAGUUUUCAUGUUGGGCCACCGGUAGGUGCUGUUUUUAUGUUGCGCUGAGAAUUUUGCAGCUCCUGUCCUUUGUCGUUUUUGCCCACUUAGUAUUGGUCUUUUGCAAGAAAUGAAAUGUGUCCCUGGCAUGCACACAGUAGCAACAUUUCAGAAAAGCUGCAUUGUCCUACAGAGGGAGUGUUUCUGCAGUUUCUACGACUGUCCUGUAAACAGACAUUCAAAAUGCAGCAAAAGUUGUUUGUUUUCACCUGAAAACGUCGCAUAUGCAACCGAUUUACCAACGAGUGCACUGGAAGCAAAUGUUUACCGACACGCUUCUGCAUACUUCGGUCUGUGCUGAUCAGUGGAUGCUCUCUACUGCAGCAACUCAACUCUUUCUCAAAAGGUACCCCCUCGUUUUCUGUCUUUAUAAUGGCUGAUGGAGCUCUGAGCUUGCAGAUUUUCUCACUUUAUCUCUGAGGAUUUCUACCGCUACCCAGUCAGAGUGAGCUGUAGUGGAGCCAGUUCAAAUUUAGAAAAACAGCGAACAAUCAAGUUUUCCCCCUGGACGUUGAAAACCACUAAUCUCAUGAAAAUCUCACCACUAAGAGGGUUCAUGUCAUCAGGUUAUCUGGCUGCAUGUCAGUGAAGAUCUGGACAAAUCAAAGUAUUUCAUCACAUUGAUGCAAAGAUCCUGCAGAUCUGUCAAGUUAAGUAUCAUUAACCCUUUCACACCCUGCUCGGCCGGAGGGAUUGUUUCAUCCUGGAAAAUUUAUGGGAAUUUAACAGAAUCAUUGUUACCACUCAGCUAGUGUUGAUUUAAAUUGAUUUUUUUCUUUAUUGAGUUUUGUAAUUAUCAGUGUUUUUAAAUGUUGGACACAAUUUAAAGAAAAAAUAAUAAUUUG